AUGAAUUGGUUUGAAGAUAAACGGCGAUUCGGUGGAUUAAUUGGGGCUUUUAUUGAAAAAGCUACUAAAGGCUACAUUCUUAAUGAACGAGAAAGGGAUAAAUAUAUUAAAAUUGAUACUACCAAAGGAUUAUGGACUCGAUGUGAUAGUUGUGAAAAUAUGCUUUAUGUUAGAUUUUUAAAACAAAACAAGCGUAUUUGUGAAGAAUGUGGAUAUCAUUUGCAAAUGAGCAGUAUAGAAAGAAUUGAACUUUUAAUUGAUCAUGGAACUUGGCAACCUAUGUAUGAAGAUAUGGUUGCUCGAGAUGUUCUAAAAUUUUCUGAUGAAGAUUCUUAUAAAAAUCGUGUUAUUUUUUAUCAAAAAAGAACUGGUCUAACUGAUGCUAUUCAAACAGGUAUAGGAAAAUUAAAUAAAAAUUUAGUUGCUCUCGGAGUUAUGGAUUUUCAAUUUAUGGGUGGAAGUAUGGGUUCUGUAGUAGGUGAAAAAAUUACUCGUCUUAUUGAAUAUGCAUUCAAAGAAUCUCUACCAUUAAUUAUUGUAUGUUCUUCCGGUGGAGCACGUAUGCAGGAAGGAACACUAAGUUUAAUGCAAAUGGCUAAAAUAACAUCUCUUUUACAAUUUUAUCAAGUUAGAAAAAAAUUAUUUUACAUUGCUAUUCUUACAUAUCCUACAACUGGUGGAGUUACUGCUAGUUUCGGUAUGUUAGGAGAUAUUAUUAUUGCUGAACCUAAAGCAUAUAUUGCAUUCGCAGGUAAACGAGUAAUUGAACAAACCUUACGUCAAAAAAUACCUGAUGGUUUUCAAGUAGCUGAAUCUUUGUUUUAUUCUGGGUUAUUGGAUUUAAUUGUUCCCCGGACUUUUUUAAAGGGAGUUUUAGGUGAAAUAUUUGAACUUUAUAGUCUAGGUGUUUAUAAAGAGUCUAAUAGUUAUUUGUUUUAA